AUGCCCGUCCACCACCUCAUGAUCGGGACCUGGACCCCGCCAGGCGCCAUCUUCACCGUCGCUUUUGACGACGAGAAGCUCAACCUCGAGCUCGUAAAGCGCACCGAGAUCCCUGAGGACCAGCCGAUAUCAUGGAUGACCUUCAGUCAUGACAAGAAGAACCUCUACGGCGCCGCCAUGAAGAAGUGGGCAAGCUUCGCAGUCAAGAGCCCCUCAGAAAUCGUCCACGAGGCCUCUCACGACAUGACCCACGACCCCAACGCCGCCCUCUCAACAACAAACACCCGCGCAAUCUUCCUCCUCGCGGCCCAAAAACCCCCCUACGCAGUCUACUGCAACCCCUUCUACAAGCACGCCUCCCACGGCAACAUCUUCUCCGUCUCCUCCUCGGGCGCCCUCGAGACAAACGUCCAAAACUACCCCUACGACCCCAACACGGGCAUCCACGGCAUGGUCUUCGACCCCACAGAAACCUACCUCUACUCCGCCGACCUCACCGCCAACAAGCUCUGGGUCCACAAGAAGACCUCCCCCGACGCCCCCGAACUCGAGCUCGUCGGCUCCGUCGACGCCCCGGACCCGGGCGACCACCCCCGCUGGGUCGCCAUCCACCCGACGGGCCGCUACCUCUACGCCCUCAUGGAGGCAGGCAACCGCCUCUGCGAGUACGUCGUCGACCCGGCCACCCGCCUCCCCGUCUACACCCACCGCUCCUUCCCCCUCAUCCCCCCGGGUAUCCCAGGUUCGACCACGAAAAUGUACCGCUCCGACGUCUGCACCCUCUCCCACAGCGGGAAGUACCUCUUCGCCACGGCCCGCUCAAACAGCUUCGACGUGACGGGCUACAUCGCCGCCUUCAAGCUCGACGACAGCGGCCACAUCGAGAGGCAGAUCUGCCUGAACCCCACGCCCACGAGCGGCGGGCACAGCAACGCCGUCAGCCCCUGCGACUGGAGCGACGAGUGGAUCGCCAUCACGGACGACCAGGAGGGCUGGAUCGAGAUCUACCGUUGGCAGGACGAGUUCCUGGGCCGUGUUGCGCGGUUGCGUAUCCCCGAGCCCGGGUUCGGAAUGAAUGCUAUUUGGUACGAUUGA